AUGUCUGACCAGCUAGAAGUAAAAGACGCUUACUCCAUCGACGAGUCGUCAUUUCCCUACCUUUUCGAGCAGAAUGUCGCAGUGCCACUAAAGACAUCCUCUGCGGGUAUCAUCCGAUGCAAUGUGUACCGGCCAAAGUCUACGAAGGAGGGAACGAAGCUUCCAGUACUGGUGACUUACGGACCCUACGGAAAAGAUAUUCAUUACAAGGACUUUCAUGGCAAAUCAUACUCAGAAGUGAAUCCAGAGCACCAUUCCGACCAUUCUGCAUGGGAAACACCGGAUCCUGGCUUUUGGACGAAGCAUGACUACAUCAUCGUGCGCGCCGACGAACGUGGCCUGGGCCAGUCUCCAGGCUUCUUGGACACUAUGUCGCGAGGAACAAGCGAGGCCUUCUUUGAUGUCGUCGAGUGGGCGGCUGAGCAACCGUGGUCGUCUGGAAAGGUCGGCUUGCUUGGUAUCAGCUACUAUGCCGGAUCCCAGUGGCGUGUGGCAGCACGUAAACCUAAGGGAUUGGCUGCGGUCAUUCCUUGGGAGGGCAUGAGUGAUUACUAUCGCGACCGAUGCCGCCAUGGAGGCAUUCUGAGCAACAAGUUCAUCGACUUCUGGUGGAACCGUCAGGUCAUCACCAACCAAUAUGGUCGCCCAGGCCGUGCAGAGCGCAACUGGGGACCAGACACCGUCGACGGCAACCUCUCAGAAGAAGUACGCGCGAAGAACCGACAAGAUCAGACGAUCGAUACCGCCAGUUUCAAGUUUCGCGACGAACUAUACUAUGCAAGCAAAGAGUACGAUAUGAGCGAUAUCGAAGUACCGUUGCUCUCCGUCGGCAAUUGGGGUGGUAUUUUGCUCCAUCUUCGUGGUAACAUCGAAGGUUACGCACAUGCUGGAUCUGAGUUCAAGUACCUACGGAUGAUCACUGGAAGACACGACCUGCCAUUCUACUACAAGGAAGAAGUUGAGAUACAACGAAGCUUCCUCGAUGCUUUCCUUAAGGGCGACGACAGAGUUGGGUGGUCCGUCAAGGGCAAGCUCCCUCCUGUGGACAUGGUCCUGCGCAAGGGCGAUGUAGGCUUCGACGAUGCCGAGAAAGAGAAGGUUUACGAGAGGCGAACAGAGAACGAGUGGCCCAUCGCACGAACCCGUUAUUCGAAGUUCUACCUCACACCUUCUCAAACACUUACGCAGAUCCAGCCCAUUCACAAUCGGCCACAGAAAUUGUCGUACGAGGCACUUGGCACUCUUGACAACCCCAAGCUUCUUCAGUUUACCACUGCACCAUUCGAGGAGGAGACAGAAAUCACUGGCCACAUCGUCGCACACUUGAAUGUCUCACUCUCGGCUCACUCCAAAGGCGCUACCCCCUCCGAUAUCGAUCUAUUCCUCACCCUACGCUACAUCUCACCCGAAGGCAAAGAAGUCUACUACACCGGUACAGCGGGUGACCCUAUACCCCUCGCAAAAGGCUGGUUGCGCGUCAGCUUCCGCAAGACCAAUCCCGAUCACCCAAAACACCGAGAGUACCUGCCAUGGAGAGACUACUUCAGUACCGAUGUCCAGCCCGUCAUACCUGGCGACGUCUAUGCUGUAGAUGUAGAGGUCUGGCCAACAAACGUCGUUGUGGAGAAAGGUGGCAAGAUCGUGUUUGAGGUUAGCAGCGGUGAUACGCAAGGUAGUGGCAUCUUUCAGCACAACCAUCCUGAAGAUAGGAGUGAGGAGAAGUUUGCGGGAUGGAAUCAUUUGCAUUUUAGCGAGAAGGCUGUGAAUUAUGUUACGCUGCCAAUUGUACCACCUAAAUAG